AUGACGGCUGUCGGUCUGACACAGGUUAUAGCAAAUGUCCUGACUGUAUUUGAAGAUACUAAAAUCGCCCAGGGCGUGGGGCAGCACACUCGACUUGGUGUGGUCACUUAUGGCGAAAAGGCAACAAGAUACGAUUUGAACGAGUUCCAGUCUUAUGAGGAUGCGUGCCAGAAAUUAUGGGAGAUUGAUUGCGGCAAUGAUAUGUAUCCAAAUCUGAUGCAGUGAGU